AUGAUACUUAGCCGACUAAGCCGAAUAUCAGGACUUCACUUUCGACAACAAUAUGUACUAAGCCUUAGUCAAAGAUCUACACUGAUACGGCAGGUCUGCGGUACAAGAGUACGAUCUGCUACAGCAUCAGAGGAAACCUUAGUAGCAAGAGAAUUGGAAACACCGUCUACAGUCCGUCUGCGUCCAUAUCAGAAAGACUGUAUUGAAUCCAUAAUGAAAGUUAUUAGAGGAGGUGAAACGAGAUUAGCUGUCAGUUUGGCUACAGGCGGGGGUAAAACAGUGAUUUUCUCUAACUUAUUGAACGAAAUACCCAGCAACAAGUACAAUGGACAAAAAACGCUGAUUCUUGUGCAUAGAAAGGAGCUGGCUGACCAAGCUGCCAGAACUAUCAAACGUUUUUUUCCACACAUGAAGAUAGAAAUAGAUAUGGCAGGCUUAAGGCCAACACAUGAUGACGAUGUUGAUGUAGUUGUAGCCUCAGUGCCCACUUUGGCAAGAAAUAACAGCAAGAACCCACGCUUGUUUGAUUAUGACCCUAAUGAGUUCAAAGCCAUCAUUAUUGAUGAAUGUCAUCAUGCAAUUUCUGACUCCUAUAUCAAAAUAUUACAGUACUUCAAUGCCCUAUCGAAGGACAGCUCUGAUGGGAUUAUUGUUGUUGGAUUUUCAGCUACAUUGAAGAGACAUGAUGCCCAGCCUUUGGAUAAAGUAUUCAAUACUAUUGCAUAUGAAAAAGAUCUAAUAUCUAUGGUUAAAGAAGGGUAUCUAUCAGAAUUGUCCAUCACCAAAGUCGAAGGUGCCUUUUCUUUGGACGAUGUUAAACUAGAUAAGACAGGCGACUAUCAACUGCAAAGUUUGGAAUCAUCUGUGAAUACAGCAGCUGUUGCAGAACUUGUUUUAAAAACGUACCUUGAAAGAAAGAAAGUGCUUGGGUUGAAAUCUUCCCUGUUCUUUUGUGUGAACAAACAGCACGUACAAGAUCUUUGUGAGUUAUUUUGUGCAAACGGUAUCAAAGCUGGGUUUGUCUCUGGCAACACUCCCCUGCUAGAGAGAGAACAGAUAAUCAAAAACUUCAUUGAUGGAAAACUCAAUGUCUUGAUGAAUUGUAAUGUUUUCACGGAGGGCACAGACAUUCCUAAUAUUGACUCUAUUUUCCUUUUGCGCCCCACAAAAUCCCGACCUUUACUAAGUCAGAUGAUAGGCAGAGGUUUGAGACUUCAUUCAGGAAAGACCAAAUGUUACGUCACAGAUUUUGUAGGCACCACUCAUUCUGGUAUUAACGUUGAUGCCACUUUGGAAGGGAUAACAAAACGUCAGAUGAAUUCCCUGUUACAAUUCGAUCAAGAGAUGGUUCAUGGCAACAGGGAUUACUCCAAAAUGCUUGAAGAAGUUCCAGAUUAUUUACGGUAUACGUCUUUCAAUGAUAUAACCAGUUAUAUUAAUUCUAUCCCCAAAAACCUUUCAAAGGAAAAUCAGAGAUCCAUAGAGUACAAACUCUACAAGCAGCAUUCACUCCCUUGGAUACAAUUGGGAAUCGAUUCUUGGGGGGUAUCCUUGGCGGAUAGAAGCUAUCUGAGGAUAGACAAGACCAAAGGCAAAUUUGAAUUGAAACGGUAUAUUGCAGUUCCUUACCCCAAAAAUGGUAUCAAAAGAAAAAAGCUGAUCUUUCACUCAGAGAACUUGGAAGAAAUACUCACAGAUGCUGAAAGAUUUCUUAAAGAAAAGGGAUCCAAGCCUUUAUUUCUGGGUUCUUAUCCCAUCUCGAAUAAGCAGUAUGAGUACCUUUGCAAAGAAUUCAUCAACGUUGCACAAGGAUCUAGUGGCAUUCAAAUGGAGUAUUUCGUUCCAUUCCUGAAGAGAUAUCUCCGAAAAUUGACAAAACACCAGGCAUCAGUUCUAAUCUUUGCAAAAAUGGCCGGAGGGGCAUUUGCACUGCAAAGAUACAUAAAGUACAAAAUGUUAUCCACUAAGAACAUUCAGGAUGAAAAGGUUCCAAUCCUGAAAGAAGAGGUCAUGGACAAAUUAGCACAGAAAAUCAAAGAUAAUAAAUAA